AUGACCACCCGCUCCUUAAGCCAACCUCAACUCAGCUCACACAGCGCGGCUCAAAAACUCAUCCUCACCAAAGAACCGAAUGCACUCGCCACAUCAACUACCAAAUUCGGGCCCAGUACAUUCCACUCCAGGCGCCAGACAGCAAGAAAUCUUUCCAAUCGCCACCGCCGUAUCGCGCGUCGAGGAAUAUUUCCAGAUAUUUCAAACUUUGCCUCUAAUACAUUUGGCGGCUUCUUUGGAAACUCGAACAAUGGCCUCGCCCCACAGUCUGGGCCGGCCACGCAAAACUCCCGUCAAGUCACAUACCCUCAAGACUCCCAACCUUUUCCAUCGGGUGAUUCGAGGGCUUUGAUGAAUGGCCAACCCAACGCCCCUUUGCCUCAUCCCACGCAACCUCCCAACUCAGCUGGCGGCUCCUCAAAAUCCCCAUCACCUUCAACAACAACAACCACAUCAUUAAAGUCCCAAGCUACGGCUGUGAGCCAUCACUCGCCCUCCAGCGCCACUGAGGCAAGCACAACUUCUGCUGCCUCUGCCGCACCCACAGAUGAACCAGCUCCUCGUUCUGCCCUCGAGCGAUUCGCGGCAUUAUACAAGCCUACAAACCGCUUUGAACCGCUUGCUGUUCUACUCACAAUUGUCUUUAUUUUGGCAUUCUUGGUGACGCUCAUGUCGAUUUUGAAAUGUGUGGCUCACAAGAAACGGUUUGCCAACAAGAAAGAUUACCCCACUGGAUUUCCGUGGGUUGACCCUGCCGGAAGUAAGACAAACAGAACUAGUAGUCGACAAGGUCUGGUUGCCACUAAGAGCUACAUGUCGAAUCGAAAUUCGAUGACCUCGAGCGUCUACUUUUCCAGCGGCCGGCAGCUUGGUCCGGAAGGCGAAUUGACCCCACACCAGGCCGAGUAUCAACUCAACGAGCUUGGAUCGGACGUUUAUGCUAACUAUGCCUGGGCGGCGACGGAAAUGGACCUGGAAAAAAACCUGUCCAGCCCCUCUGAUGAAGGACCGUCAUCGGCGACAACAGAAGAAGGCAAUCACACACCCAAUCAACAACAUGACCGAUGGCACACACAAUCUUUGGAUGACGACCCCCGAUUUACCCGAGGGGGUAAAGGCGAGCUCCUGGAAGAUUCAAAAGUUUUCAAAUUAGAUCAUCCGUGA